AUGCCGUCGAACCCCGUACAGAUCCCUACGAGGCCAAAGUCCCGCGAUGGUGCACACCCGCAAAAACAGCACCGCGGCCAUGGUGGUGAGCGAAGAGGCCAGCCGCCCGCCCACCGUCCGAGGGACGUGCACUCGCCUGACGCCAUCCCGGCGUCUGUGGUAGCCCUCCUGGCCGUCACCAACAUCCCGUCGCGGAGCGGACGCCAGGCCAAGAGCGUCAGAGAGAAGCGCAUGACCGUCGAGUCCAUCAUUGAGAGGUCGCAAGAGUCGGAAAAGGAGCUGAGCCUGUCGCUCAGCAGGGACGCCAUGGACCUCCUUCUGACCCCUCCAGAAGAGCUUGAGUGUGACGAUGCGUCUGGAUACGACAGCAACAUUGGCUCUGCCCUCUCGACGCGGACCGUAUCGCUGGAAUCCAUGCCGUCGCUUUCAGAGUCCUUCACCACAGAUACGCUGUCGUCGCUCGAGUCGCCAGACACGCCAGGACGAAGGCGAAAAGCCCGGCCGACUCGCCGCUCCCUCGAGCCCGUGUCGUCUCCUCCCGGCGAAGCCGAAGACCAUCCGCUUUCGACGCCUCGGAUCGUGGCGGCCGAGGAGAUAGACUUCCGCGUCUUCGAGGCCAAGGCCGAGCUGAAUGAUAAACGGGCGUCGCGCUUGCCUUUCAAGCCCCUUAAAUCGGCCUUCAAGUCCAACCUCACCGCUUCGCUACGCGCUCUGCGUCAGGCCGCCCGCUCUUUCUCGGCCCUUAACUUCCCUUCUAUCCCUCCGGAGGACUUCCUCACUCGCUCUAUCCUGACCCUCGACCCUCAGGUACCCUACACGGACGAGCGCAGGCCACCUCCACUCGAGGAGGAGCCCACCGCCGCCCUGCGGCGCUAUCUCAACCCAACUACGACGGUGCGUCUUGAGAAGCCGAGCGUCCCUGGCCCUGCGUCCCUCGGCCCAACAACGCGGGCUUUUACAGCAUCGAUCCAGAUGCAAACGUACAAGGUGCACCGCGCACGGAGCACAUCCGCGGGGCCGGGCCGUGGCUCUUAUUCAUCAGCGGGGAAUUCUGCACCGUCGCAAACGUCACAACCCCAUCGUCCGUUGGCCGAGUACCCCAUGCCCGGACCGCGGCAGCGUGAGAUGCGCGAAAACUCAGACUUCAUCCGCAUCGCAGUCAUGGAGAUGGCGAUGCGAAAGCAAGGGAAGCUCGAUGACCAGCGACCGGGACGGGCUCGCUGGGCACUACCGCCACGCAAGACCAGCGCGCGACCCUACGAAGUCGGGGCCGACGGGGUGCCCACCCGCUGGGUUUCCAUGACAAACUAG